AUGGAAUAUGGAUUUUUAAUCAUUGAUCUUUUACAGAAUUUAAUAGCCGGUGUAUUAUUUGAUGUUUGGAUUGGUUUCUUAUUAGUAUGCAUUUUAACAACAAUUGGCUCAACAUUAUGUUAUCUUUUCUCCGAAUCUUUUGCUCGUGAAUAUGUUUUUUAUUACUUAGGUCAUCGUAUCAUUACCUUACAACAAAAGGUACAGAAUAAUUCGCAUCGUUUAUUAGCAUUUUUAUUGUUUGCGCGUAUGUUUCCAAUAUCACCAAGUUGGUUACUCAAUAUUAUCGCACCUUUUCUCAAUAUUCCUAUCUUUAUUUUUGUAAUAACAACAUUUAUUGGUAAGGAAAAAUUAUUUUUUGUUUAA